AUGGCCACGGCCAGCGACAGGGCCGUCCUGCAGACCAUCUUUAACCCCAGCACCCCUUUUGGGGACAUCCCUGGGCUGGACGAGGAGGAGGAGGACGCCCAGGAGGAAGGGGAAGCCUUCGCGCCGGAGCUGCUGGAGCAGGUCCGGGAGCUGGAGCUGCAGGGGGUCUCUGCCGCCGAGUCGGGAGAUGUGAGCGCGGCCCUGGAGAGGUUCGGCGAGGCCGUCCGCCUGCUGCCCGAGCGCGCCUCGGCCUACAACAACCGGGCCCAGGCCCUGCGGCUGCAGGGCAACGUGGCAGCGUGCACGCUGCGAGAGGAGGAGAGCCGUGCCUUCACCUGCCGGGCCCCCCGGCCAGCCCCCGGCGCUGCGCUGGUGUGGUACCUGGACGGCCGGAAGCAGGAGGCAAACUGCUCGGCCACGGGCGCUGCCAGCACCCUCACCCUCACCGCCCGGCGCACCGACCGCGAGCUCAACUGCUCCCUGGUGGACCCGGCCUCUGGGGAGACCUACAACGCCUCCGUCCUCCUCGACGUGCAGUAUAAGCCAGAGAUCCUGCGGGCAGAUGCCCGCUACCAGGAGGUCGAGGGCGCUGGGCUCCUCCUGGUGCUCUUUGUGCUGGUGCAAGCCAACCCCCCCGCCAGAAUCACCUGGGUGGACCGGGACGGGCACGUGAUGGCCAACGCCUCCGAGUUCCUCCUCCUGGGUGCCACGCGCUACCCGGGGCUGGCCAACCACUCGCUCCGCGUCCACCUCAGCAGCGCGGCCGGCAACUUCUCCGUCAGCGCUGCCAACGGCGUGGGCGUCGCUACCACCUCCCUCCUGCCCCCAGGUCUGCUGGAUGCCCGCGUGGAGCUGCCCCUCCUGGGCGUUGCUGUCGGAGCAGCCCUGGCCCUGGCCGCCCUGCUCAGCCUGGGCUCCUGCGCCGCCUGCCUGGCGUGCCGCCGGGCCAAGCCGGUGCCAGGUAAGGGGCGAGCGGGAGGGAGCAGCCCGCUCAGCCGGUGCUCCCGUUGCAGCGGCCCAGAGCACCCGCAGCCCCGGGGCGCGCAUCUGCCCCGCCAGACCCGGUCCCUGCCGCCCGACCUGCGCCUCGGCGACCUCGCGCAGGAGGCCGGAGCCUCCCCCAGGGAUGUGGGAGCCGGUGCCAGGGGAGAGGCGAGCGCCUUGCCGGGGCUGGAGAACUCCCUGGCCCUCAGCAAGCUCGCUUUUGUCCAGCUCCCGCUGUCUGGGCGCAUCUACAAAGUGCCCAGCGUGAGCAGCGAUGAGAUCUGGCUGUGA